AUGCCGCAAGCAAAGAGGAGCACAGUGACCCUGCCCCCAGCGCCCCAGGGCCGUUCCCGAAGCCUUCUGCAGGGCCUGCCGUCGCCCGCUCUAUGCUGUGCCUGUGGCUUGUGCGUGCUGCUGGCAGGCCUGAACGUGACACUAGUGGGAGCUUUCGCCGCCUUCCUGCCAGGACACAACGUGCCGCUAGUGGUGGGGCCUGCUCUGCUCGUGCUGGCGCUCGGCUUCUUUGCUGCUUGCUGCGUGUGCAGCCGCCGGGGCCCCGUGCCCCGCGCGCGCUCCUCUGCCCCGGUGGGCCAGGGUGGCGGGCGUCCGGGGACUGUGGCACUGGAGAUGGAGAGCAGCGAGCGCACGGCGCAGGACACGACGGCGAUGCAGCUCAGUCCAGCAGCCUCGGCUGCAUCCUCCGGCCGCUCCAGCCCCGGCCCGGGCCUCUUUGCCCUAGACCCUCCCGUGCCUGCAACCGCGGCCCCCUACAUGCCGCACACCGAAGGGACCCAGCUCAACUUCCCUAGGGACCUGGCAGCUUCCUAG